GUAAAAAUACAACGAUCUUCAGGUCUGAUUUCGCAACCAAAGCGACCCGCUGCAGUAGUCCUAGCAUGCGUUUUGCGAACAAGCAGUUUCUCUAGCUUUCUGCCUUAGAAAUCCAAAAAAAUUACAGCCUCUAGAAAGAAGCAGACUGACAUCAUGAUGGCCACCUCGAGCAGUUCCUCUGCUUCGAGUUCUACUGCCUCGAUGAACACGAUUUGGCUUGAGAAGCACCGGCCGCAGACCCUCGACGACAUUGUGGGAAAUCAAGAUUUCAUCCACCAACUCGACGUGAUCCGGCGCGACCCGUCGCGGAUGACAAAUUUUAUGCUGUGCGGGCCGCCGGGUGUGGGCAAGACGACCUGCAUCCACGCGCUCGCGAAGCAGACGCUCGGGGAGGAAAUGUACAAAACCGCAGUGCUGGAAAUGAAUGCGAGUGACGAGCGAGGCAUCGACGUCGUGCGAGACACCAUCCACAGUUUUGCACGCACGAAAUACAACAACCUGCCGCCCGGCUGCUCCAAGAUCGUGAUCCUAGACGAGGUCGACAGUAUGACGACGUCGGCACAGCAGGCGCUGCGCGUCAUCAUGGAGGAGUACGGCAUGCACACCAAGUUUGCGCUCGCCUGCAACAUCAGCAGCAAGGUACUUUAUUGGGAUCAGGCCGGCUGUUGAGAAAUGCGUUCUGAAAAUAGGACUGAGUCGUGGUCACUCCAGUGAUCUACCCGAAAAAUGUGCCGGUUGACGUAAUAAGUAACAAGUGCAGCAUCUAGUUUUUAUGAUAACGAUAUGCAUACGCAUAGAAUUUCAGAAAAAUGUUCGACGAUGCUAUCAUUAUCCUGACCGCAGGUGAUAGAAGCCUUGCAGUCUCGUUGCGCGAUCUUGCGGUUUGGCAAGGUAAAAGAGAGCGAGGUGGAGGCGCGGCUGAGAAAGAUCAUCGCCUUGGAGAAGGUGGAAUGCACCGACGAUGGUGUAAAGGCCUUGAGCUUCAUAGCCAACGGGGAUUUGCGGAUCGGCAUCAACGGGCUGCAGUCUGCGCACGCGGGUUUCGGGCUUGUGAACCGCGAGAACGUCUACAGAGUGUGCGAUGUGCCAAACCCGGUCGUGGUGAACCAGAGCCUGCAGUGCGUCAUCAAGCAGCGGCCCGACAUAGCCUUCUCGAAACUGGUAUUGUUCUGAAUAGAACUUCUACUGCAAGAACCACAUCCCAGUUGGUGAUGGUGUGGUCGCUGUUGCUGCGCGUUCUUCAUUAAUUCAUUUCUUGCAGCCACGAUGUGCGAAUUUGAAUACGUAUUAAAGCGCAGCUGCUAUUGACUAAUGGUAAUGUUUCAAUUUUCACGACAGAACACCCUGGUGGAGAAGGGCUACGCGAUCGAACACGUGUUGCAAGUGUUGGGGAGGUGUAUCAAAAGCUACGACUGCCCGGAAUUCCAGAAAUUGGAGUUCCUCCGCCUCCUCGCGGACGCAAAUUGCAACGCGGUCCUGGGCUGCAGAAGCGCCAUUCAAUUGGAUUGCCUCGUCACCCGAAUGUCCAUGGUCACGGACCAAGGCCUGGCAGGUGGUUAGUCAUUUUUGAGAUAAUGUAGAUGCCAUAAACAGCUUGAGCACAAAGAAAGCCAGUCAUUACAAGAGCGACACUUUUUUAUGCCCUCAUGAGAGUUCAGUGCGUGUCGCGUCUUGAUGGGGCCGCGCCCGCCCACCUAGUAGUGCGCCAUCAUCUAUACGGCGUGAGUCAAUGGUGACAAGUGGGAUAAGGUGAACGAGAAAACCAUGAAACUGCAUCAAAUAU